CGCUCUGCCCCGGAAAUGACCCAGCCUGGGCGGAGACCGCCUGCACGUGUCACUUCCGGUGCGGCCUGUAAGUCAGCAGGGGAGAGUGGAGGAGAGCAGAAGAGCAGCUGCUGGGGUAUGUAUUCGGCAAAGAUGUUGUCCCGCCUAUUGGCGGCUGUCCUCCUGCUGCUGCUAGUGAACACCUCCAGUGCCAAGUUCCAAGAGUUUGACGAUGGUGAUGAUGUGACAGAAUAUGAUGACAAUGACUUUGCAGAGUUUGAGGACACUCCAGAGGAGACGGCUACUGUCCGCCCUCCCCAGCAGAGCCCGCCGGAGGAAGAAGAGGAGGAAGAGGAGGAGGAUGACGAAGAGGCCACGGUAGAAGUGGAAGGGCAGGAAGAAUUUGAACUGGAUGCAGAGGGACAAGAGUCAGAUACAGACACUGAACCAUACGAUGAUGAAGAGUUUGAAGGUUAUGAAGAUAAGAUUGAUUCAGGCAGCCCCAGCAAAAACAAGGAUCCUAUCACCAUUGUGGAUGUCCCUGCUCACCUACAGAACAGCUGGGAGAGCUAUUAUAUGGAAAUACUUAUGGUCACUGGCCUCUUAGCCUAUAUCAUGAACUACAUCAUAGGCAAAAACAAGAACAGCCGCCUUGCACAUGCUUGGUUCAACUCCCACAGAGAGCUUCUGGAGAGCAACUUCUCUCUCGUAGGAGACGAUGGGACAAACAAAGACGCGGUGAGCACAGGGAAGCUGAACCAAGAGAACGAGCACAUUUACAACCUGUGGUGUUCGGGACGCCUGUGCUGUGAGGGCAUGCUCAUUCAGCUUAAGUUUUUGAAACGCCAGGACCUGUUGAAUGUGUUGGCUCGUAUGAUGCGUCCAACUUGUGAUCAAGUGCAAGUAAAAGUGACUAUGAAUGAUGAAGAUAUGGAUACGUAUGUGUUUGCCGUUGGUUCUCGAAAGACCCUGGCACGGCUGCAGAAAGAGAUGCAGGACUUGAGUGAGUUCUGCAGUGAUAAACCCAAGUCUGCAACCAAGCUGGGGCUCCCUGAAUCUCUGGCUAUUCUGUCUGAGAUGGGGGAGGUGACAGACGGUGUCCUGGACACCAAGAUGGUUCACUUUCUAACAAACUACGCUGAUAAGAUUGAAUCCAUCCAUUUCUCGGACCAAUUUUCUGGUCCAAAGAUUAUGCAAGAGGAGGGGCAGCCGCUCAAACUGCCAGAAACUAAGAAGACUAUGAUGUUUACAUUUAAUGUGCCUGGAGGAGGAAACGCAUCUGUUAAAGAUAUUGAGGGCCUUCUGCCACUAAUGAACAUGAUCAUGUACAGCAUUGAAAAAGUAAGGAAGUUCCGUUUGAACAGAGAGGGCAAACAGAAAGCUGAUAAGAACCGCUCCCGCGUGGAAGAAAACUUCUUGAAGAUAACACACGUGCAGCGCCAGGAAGCAGCCCAGAGCCGGCGGGAGGAGAAGAAACGUGCAGAAAAGGAGCGCAUUAUGAAUGAGGAAGAUCCUGACAAACAGCGUCGGCUGGAAGAAGCCGCCCAGCGCCGUGAGCAGAAGAAGAUAGAAAAGAAACAAAUGAAGAUGAAGCAGAUCAAAGUGAAGGCCAUGUAAUAGAAUUAUGCUGCUUUCAGACCAAUCCUUUAUUAUCCCUUCACCUGCAGGGGAACAGAGAAGCCUGAUUUAGCAGCUGUACUUCCUUCCAGUGCAGAGAUUAUCCCUUUUGUUAAAGAAAAGGUAGUGUCCUCUGAGUUUCCACAUACAUGCUGCCAGAUAACCCAUGUGAUCACUCGCAGACCCCAGAGCUUUUCAGAUAAAGCUUGUGUCAGAUAAAAUCUACAUCAGGGCUCUCAAACUGGCGGCUCUCCAGCUGUCGAGAAACUACAAGUCCCAUGAGGUCAUUGCAAGGCUGACCGUUACAAGCACAACUCUGUCAGGCAGAUGCAUGAUGGGACUUGUAGUUUCCGCAACAGCUGGAGGGCGGCCAGUUUGAACCCCUGAUCUACAUUGUGAACUCUGUUAAAGCCCAAAUCCAGCCAAAUUAUUAUUUUUUUUUUCAUUUUGGAUGGCUUGUACCUAUCAUCAGCUGGGGACUUUCGUCCUCUCUAUUUGUCCUGUUGACACUUUCUUGGGGACAGAAAGUGAUGGAAAAUCUAAGUGUACAUUUUAAUCAUUUCUGAAAAGUUGUCAACUUUGUAUUAAGUCCCCAUUUGAGAGAUUUCUACGUCACUUCCUGUGUAUUUUGACAGGGUAUCACACAGACCAGAAAGUGAGGGGGGUCCUGCCAGUGGGGACCUAGCCACCAUUAAAACACAUUCUCUAGUAGAGUAAGGUCUAGUCAUAUGCCAGCAGCAGAAUCCCCAAAGAGAGGAUUGCCCUCCAUUCACACUUUGGAGUGCAAAAAUUGGUGCAUCGUUCUCGCAACUUUUGGCUUUGAUCAGUUAAAUUGACAACUGUUGCAUUGUUAUGACUUGUAUGCAACUUUUGAGGAUCAAUAUUGAAGUUUGUGGCCCUCCAAGAUGCAUGAAAGUCGGACCGAAGUAGUACAUGAACUAGUUUGAAGUUGCUGCGAAUUUAAGUCACACACAUAUGAAUGGUUAU